GCAUAUCCGGGUAAGGCGGCCAUUUUGUGGUGUCGCUGUGGCAUUAAAAUAUCCCUCUUCCAAUUUCGUCUAUUUUACAUGGGAGUAUUACUUUUUGUUGUGAUUGAUAGAUUUUUCAAGUGUUUUGAUUAUACGACUUUUUAUUUUUAAAUUAAUUUAAAAUGGAGCAAGACGUUGAUACUGCCUAUAACACGUUUUGCUGUACAUGUUUGAGUUCUGAUAGAAAUGUUAUAUCAAUUAAUGGCUUAACACAAAUCUAUCAAGUAUUUAGAUUAAUAAUGUACGAUUACGCGGGCGACCGGUAUGGAGAUUCCAUUGUGGAAUUAGAUCAACUCGUUUGUUGGGAAUGUCUGGCGAUUAUGAAGAAAUUAGCAAGAUUUAAACGGCAAGUACACAAUGCACAGGAACAUUUACGAGUUCUAGCCAUGAGUCACUCACAAGAGACAAUGGAUCAUACGUACAUGUCACGAUCUCUAUCAUCGCUCGAAUGUAUUAUAAAAACGGAUUAUGACCGAGUUUUUGUCAAUUACAACGAUGAAAGCGUCAUGGAGGAUAAGGAGAUACGUACAGACUGGCCGCACUAUAUAACUAUAAGUACAGCUCAGAGUGUCAAGAAUGAGACUUGCGACGUAGCCCAGGCUUUAAGAGAUCAUAUUACUUUGGGUAUUGACAAUCAAGUUAUCGGAGUUCCAGAGUUAGUAUUAGAAAAUCCUGUGACCGGCGUCAUGUCUCACAUAGUGGUCGGUACGGAUGGUCUGGUCACGAAUGAUACGUUUGCCGCUCAACCCAUUAAGGGUGAAAUGCCGGAGCUUAUAAUUGACCCACUAUCUACGGGGGACACGGUAAUAAUAAGUCAAAAGCCGAAAGAUAAGACGAGCAGUAAGGAUCUCAAGUCGGGUUACAUGACUGAAUAUAUGUCAGAGGCUGAUAUGUUAGCUAUAAGGGAAGAAUUAAAACAGAAAGUGCAAUACACGAGUACGGCUUACAAAUGUGAAUUGUGUAUAAUUGGAUUUUACACGCAACAGCAAGUCGAGGAUCAUUUGAUUACAAUGCACACAGAGAAACCGGGUCACGUACCGUGUAAAGUGUGCUACGUAUACAUGCAGAAAUCAAAACUAGAAGAACACACACACAGUCACUAUUUAAGAUAUAUUUGCAAACUGUGCAAUAAAACGGAAACGAGCGUCAAACUCAUUACGCUCCACGUCAAGGCGCACAUGGUUAAAGCGACCCCGAACGCUGUUAUACAGAUCGGCGAUGAUUUGGAAGGGAAGGGACGUAAAAAUAAAAAAGAAGUGAAACAAUCGAAGGAGGAUAAAAAUCAACCGACGCCGGGUGAUCUGAGGAAGUUGCUUUCGAAAACAACCAUUGUCGGUUACAAGUGCUUGGAGUGCGAUAUGUUUUUCAAAAAUUCCCGAGCUCGAAAGAACCAUGUGGCGAGGUUUCACAGAGAAGGUCUACAGUGCGAUCAUUGUAAGAAGAGGUUCGUUAAUAGGACCACGCUUACUACACAUUUAAGGCUCCACGAAGGUCCAUUACCGAGAGAGGAGUGCCCGAUAUGCCACAAAAUGGUCAGGACGAUACAAAUCAAAUACCACAUACAGAGACACCAGAACACCAGUCGGUAUGAAUGUAAGGACUGCAAUAAGGUGUUCAGUCACUUGUCCACUUAUCAAGCCCAUCUCAAAUAUUCCAGACCGCAUGCAUCGGAUCAGAUAUUUAAGUUUCCAUGUCCGAUGUGCAACAAAGGCUAUCCGACAAAGCAAGCGAUGCAAGAUCACUUCAACUACCAACACUUAGGCAAGACAUCACACAAGUGCCCCAUCUGUGAUAAGCCGAUAGCGUCACAUAAAAACGUGGAAAGGCACAUGAUGAGGGUACACGGAGAGAAAAAAGUCAAGCCGAGAAACCACGUGUGUCAACAGUGCGGUAAAGGAUUUACAGAUAGAAAAGCGUUAACACAACAUGAAGUAAUACACUCGGGAGAAAGGCCUUUGUCAUGUGAUAUAUGCCAGCAGACGUUCAAACAAAAAGCCUCGCUCUACACGCACAGGAAAAGGGUGCAUAAAGUGUUUCCAGCGAAGAAAGUUGUCGAAUUUAUGGACAAUAAACAACAAUAGUUAAUAUUGA